AUGGAGGUGUUGCAUGGUCCCGGCGCGCUGUUUGUGUCUCAGCCCGUCACGAUGUUUCCUCCCAGCAUGCAGCGGAUGUUCACCACACGGAGUGACGUGUAUGCCUGCUACUCCUUCGAAGCUAACACGCCAUCUCGCACGCCGACUCCUGAGCGCCAGUACAGAUCCUGUGCUAAACAGUGCAACAGUAUGGAAACAUCUAGUCAUGCUACAACGUUGCAAUCAGUUCUUCGAGGAGAAGUCCCUGCAGCAUAUUCUCAUCUUGCAUCGUCCUCGUCAUCUCAACACUUCUCAUCAUCUUCGUCAUUAUCUUCCUCUUCGUUGUCGCCAGUAACUAAUAAUAAUAAUAAUAAUCAUACAAUGUCAAUGGAGCUUGAUCCAUUACUGAAUCCAGUUCUGUCUCCAUGCCCCAGCCAUCAUAGCUCCGCGAGCUACAGUCCCCGACCAGAGUCACACGAGUCAAACGCCUCCCAGGAUUCCAUGUCUGAUAUGCAGACAGAACCUAUGGACCUUAGUUGCAAAAGAUCAUCUCGCAAGAGGACUGCUGUGUCGGCAUUCCUUAACGUUGCCUCCACGAACAAUAAAUUAUCCGUCCUUUCCACAUCUCUUCCUGCCAAGUUCAACACGACUCGGGCAUCAUCGUCUGAAUUCUUAUCCUCAUCGUCGUCCUUCCCAACAUCAUCGUCACCAUCUGUGACGACUAUGCAUAGCUUCCCACCCAGCCCGAGCGAUGGACAGCACGGGGAAGAAUUCUCCCUCCUAAGAAAUCUCCUCAGUGUCGGCAAACAUCAGUUUGGCUCUCCAAGUUCCUCAUCGGGAUGUCUUAGUAACUCCACGCCAAAUCUCAGCUCGGACCGAGGCUGCGACUCCCCAAACUCUGACUAUUUCUCUAGAACACCAGUUACGGGCAACACCAGAGUCCAUCUCGCCAAGAAGAACUUGUACCCGGUCAGCGCCCGGGUUUCAGACUGGUUGAUCAAGCUUGUCGAGUUUGCCAAAACAAUCCCAGAAUUCUCAGCACUGUCUCAUAAUGACAAAGUUACCUUAAUUCUCAAUUCCUGGAGCCGCCUGAUGCUGCUUUAUAUGGCUGAGAGCAACUUCCAGUUUGCCGUGACACCCAUGCUCACAUCAGACACCACUGUCACGGACUCCAAUCCUUCCCAGGAUGAGCCCACUAUGAAGACUGUAGAAGGGCUGCAGACAUUUAUCAAAAAGUGCCAGCAGAUGUCAGUUGACGGAAAGGAAUAUGAGUUUCUCCGCAUGCUUGUGCUCUUUAAUGCAGGUUACAUUGGGUUGUCAUGUCCAAAAGCCAUUGACCAGUUGAACUCUGUUGUCCAGCAGUUGCUGCAGCAGCAUGUCCGGGUGACCAGGCCUUCAGAUGUCAUGCAUUACUCACGCCUGCUCAUGUGCCUGCCCUCCUUAUAUGGCAUCAACAGCAAGAUGUUUGAAACCCUCUUCUGCAAACACAUCACCAAGAACACAGAUAUGGAGGUACUGCUGAAGGACAUGCUUCAGAAAGAAUCAUCAUAG